AACGUUUUAAAUGUUAUUGCUGUUAGUUACGUGAAAAGUGCUACUUUUUAUUGAUCUAAGUGAAAAUGCAGACCGGCAGCGGGGCUAAAAACCCGCCAUGGGCGCGAUCAAACGUGAAUACAAAUAUGACCGGCAUGAACACGCAAAUCAUGGACCCUAACUCUAUGAUGACACAACAGGGUAUGAUGCCAUUCCAACAAACUCCGGCUGUGUUUAACCCGAGUAUGAUGCAAGCUCAGAGUGGCAUGUCCAUGCCAAUGGCAGGGCAAAUGCAAAUGAAUCAAAUGACUCAAGGUCAAAUGUAUCCGGGCAAUGUCGUUGCGUACCCGACACCACGUGCUAUGAACCCGGGAAUGUAUCAAAACAGCUCAUCCGGCGGCACGGCGCCAUCCAGCGAGCAGAGGGUGUUCACAGGAACUGUAACAAAGACUCACAACGACUUCGGCUUUGUCGAUCACGAUGUCUUCUAUCAAACUUCCGUGUGCGCUAAGGGCAUCAUUCCAAAAGUAAACGACAGAGUUCUGGUGGAGGCAAACUACAACCCAAACAUGCCGUUUAAGUGGAACGCGACCAGAGUCCAGGUGCUGCCUAAAAACGGGCCUGGUAACCAGAAGCAGAACCCCCCAAAAAGCAACAACUAUAAUGCCGUACCACCACCUUCGGGCGAUAGACAGUCUAACAGGAAGGACCGUAUGCAGAGACCCAGAGAUAACAGAGAUGUCAGAGACAGAGAUAACAGGAAACGCUCAAGAACCAGAAGCCGCUCGCGCUCAAGGAAUGUCCACGACAACAGGGUAAACAGGAGAGACUCACCGCCCCGCAAGCGCCCCGUGAUUCACCAGCCUUCUCCUGUCAAAUAUGUAGUCAGGGUGCCACGUAUGCCGUUGGACAUUGAGAAGCUAGAUGUCCCAGCGCUGUCUCAAAGGUACACUAACAUGUACGUGCCGUCUGACUUCUUCAACGCCCAAGUGAAAUGGGGAGAGACAUUCCCACCACAGUCUCCGCUGUCGCUCAACAACCCGUGUCAGUACUACAUCAUGAACAAGGAUAUCGACAAUCCGCUUGGCAAUGACGCCAUUUUGGAACCUCCUGAUGCGGAUUACAGAUUUUCAGCAAAGGUGAUGUUAAUCAGCAUGCCAACGCUGGAAUCACUUUACCAGAAAUGUGGGCUGACUAAAGUAGAUGAGAAAGACAAACGCUCCACCAAUUCCAAAACUCCCUUGCACCCUACCCGUCUGAUCAAGUUCCUUGUUGGCCAGAAAGGAAAAGGUGGUGAAAAUUUUGCUAUAGGUGGACCAUGGAGUCCUUCUCUGGAUGGCGACAACCCUCAAUCUGACCCCAGCGUCCUGGUCAAAACCGCCAUACGCACCUGCAAGGCCCUGACUGGAAUUGAUUUAUCUAACUGCACCCAAUGGUACCGAAUGGUGGAGUUUUACUACUGGCGCGAGGGCAGCAACGGCAAGUCGCGGCUCGAGUGUGUGGUGUUGUUCCUGCCCGACGUGUGGUCGGCGCAGCCUUCGCGUAUCGAGUGGGCCAACGUUCAGGAGACAUAUAAGACCGCCUGCGACAACGCGAUAAGGAACCUCGACAUCGUCGCGGCCGAGGUGGCGGCCGCGCCGACGCCCGCAGCCGCCGAGCCCGCUCCGGCACCUGCACUCGCCCCGGACGCUGCACUCGCCCCGGAGGCUGCGACAGCGGACAAAUCCAAAAUUGAUACGCCAAGCCACGAUGACAGUACUAUAACCAUAGAUGAGAAUGACGAUGAUGAGGACAGGCCUGAGCCGACACAUUAUUCCAAGAUCGAUUUGAGGACCAUUAAAGUUGAUCAACUGCGCCAAGAGCUGAGAGCUCGUAAUGUCAGCUGCAAAGGCCUGCGUGCUCAACUGGUGUCCCGUCUUUCUAAACUGGUCAAGCAGGAAGAAGAAAAAGAUACCAAAGGCGACGAGGUGGAAGUCCUAGACGACGAGGCAGAACCUGAGAAAAAGGACAAGCCUAAACAAGAAGACUCCAUCGAGAUACCCGACGACAAGGAUGAGGCGCCUAAAGCGGAAAAGGAAGACAAGAAAGAGGAAAAGACGGAGAAAAAGGAGGAAAAAGAGAAAAAGGAGGAAAAAGAGAAAAAACCGCCACCAAAGUCUGAGAAGGAAAUUGAACAGGAAUUGAAAAGGCUGGAGAAAGAAAGGCAGACGCUAAAGUCGCGUUACGAAGUGCCGAAUACCCCCCACAUUCUCGUGCACCCGUCGGCGACGGCCAAGGGCGGCAAGUUCACCUGCAACAUCGCCACUCUGUCGUUCCUGCUCGACUACCGCAUCACUGACAACAAGGAGCACAGCUUUGAGCUGUUCGUGUUUGCCGAGCUCUUGAACGAGAUGCUUAUGCGAGAUUUCGGCUUCUACAUUUACAAGACGCUUUACACUUUGCCCGAAAAAGUCGAGGAAGUAAAGGAAGUCAAAGAAAAAGAGAACAAGGAAGUUAAAGACGAAAAGAGUGCUGACAAAGCUGAAAAGAAGGAUGACAAAAAGGAAGAUGAGAAGAAAGAUGACAAAAAGGAAGAUAAGAAAGAGGAUAAGAAGGAGGAAAAGGACAAAAAAGAUGACAGACGCGAGGCUUCACGGCGGCGCGACCGACGGGGGUCUGCCAGCGACGACGAGCGCAGCACCUCUCCCCGGCGUCGCAGCCGCGGCGUGGAACUGCCUCCCGACCCCUACCUACUUCUCUCGCUCGUGUACUUCGACACGGCCCGCGGCGGACAAGUCACCAAGAAGGACCUGCAGAACCUCUUCAUGAGCUUAGGGCUCCAGUUGUCGCGCUCGCAGAUACGCAGCGUGCUUGAGAAAGUUUGCAUCAAGGACACUUUCAGUUACAAGAGCCUUAUCCAGUCCAUCAAGGAUCUUGUGGCUGGCUCACACGAGGCGAUGCAAGACCUGCCCCUCGAUACCGCGGUCGUUCCUCAGGAGGUGCCGUCUCACAUCGCUGAACUAGAGGCCGGAAUUGCAGCGGGUAAUCGAGAGCUGCUGCCGGUGUUCAACAGACCUGCCGAAGGCGAAUCCACCUCUAGCGAAACUAAGGACGUCAGCGAUAAGGGUGUGGUGGUGUACAAGUCGCGCGUGAUCGACCUGGGCGCGUGGGUGGCGGCGGAGGCGCGCAACGCGGCGACGCGGUCGCGGCUCGAGGCCGCGCUGGAGGCGACGCGCGCGCAGCUGCAGCGCGCGCGCCAGGCCGCCGCGUCGCGCCAGCAGGCCGAGCGCGGCGCCACCGCGCAGCUGCAGGACCUGCAAGACCAGCUCGCCGCCGCCCGCGCCCGCCUCACCUCGCUCCAGGCCAGCUCCAAGAUUUUCCAUUCCGCCUUGAAAAGCAUCCAGUCUAAAGUAGAAGCCGUCGUUAAUAUCAAGUACGAGGACGACGACGUCGUCGAAGUUGUGAACGGACCGUCAAAGUAUGAAAAAUUGCCAAAGAAAGAGGAAGUUACUAAACAAGAGGAGCUAGAUGUGAAAUCAACUAUAAAAGAACAAGAAAUCCCCACAAGUACGGAAGUUGAUUCUUCAAGCCAGGAAAAAGAUACUAAUGACAUCAUUACUACAGAGAACAUGGAUAUUGAUGAUAAGGAAUAAACCAGUUAUUAGUCUUA